AUUCGUCAUGGGGUUUUGGCGGACUCUCUGAAGUCCGCGUCCCAAACAUGCGCUCGGAACCUAGCACGAAGUCGUAUGCUGCAGUGAGAUCGUCAAACGUUUGCCGCUCGGCAUUUCCAUGUAAUGGAUGGACGAAGUACAUAUAACGCGAGCUUUCGAUCCAAGGUUCAGCAUCAUCCAACACAAAUCAAACUCAUCCAUUCUCCUACAAUCAACUCUUACUCCCUAUCCCAAUCCCACUACUUCCUCUUACCACAAUGGGUUCCAUGCCUGAGGUCAAGCAAGCUCCCCAGAUCGACCUCGCAGGUCUCGUCCCUGCGCCGGUUACUCCAUUCAACAAGGAUGGCUCGGUCGACUACGCAGCCAUCCAGCGCCUUGGCUCCUGGCUCGGCAGCAUUCCAGGCGUGAAGGGUCUGGUCGUGCUGGGACACGCUGGCGAGGGCACUUUCCUCACCCAGGAAGAGCAAGUAGAAGUCAUCAAGGCGUUCGUCAAAUCUGUGGACAACAAGAUCCCCAUCAUCGCUGGUAUCACCACAGAGGGCACUGAGGUGGCUGCGCUCGAGGCUCAACGCGCCAAAGCUGCUGGUGCGCAGGCGGGUCUCUUGUACCCCAGCCAUGGCUGGCUACGCUUCGGAUAUCAGCCGGGAGCGCCGCAGGACAGAUACAAGACUGUGUACGAGAAGUCGGGACUUCCCCUCAUCCUGUUCCAGUAUCCCGACAACACCAAGGCGACCUACAGCCUGGACACGCUACUCGAGAUUGCCGCACAGCCCGGUGUUAUCGCUAUGAAGAACGGCGUCCGCAAUAUGCGCCGUUGGGACGUUGAGAUUCCCAUUAUCAAGAAGCAAAACCCCGACCUUACUAUCCUCACAUGUCAUGAUGAGUACUUGCUACACACAUGCUUCGACGUCGACGGUAUGCUUGUUGGAUACGGCAACAUUGCGCCCGAACCGCUGCUUGAGAUGAUCGAAGCUGGCAAGGCGAGAGACUACCCUCGUGCGAGAGCUGUUCAUGACAGACUGCUCCCAGUGACUAGGAAUGUUUAUCAUCGUGGCUCGCACAUGGAGGGAACUGUUGCACUCAAACAUGGUCUGGUUGCGAGGGGUAUCCUGGAGCACGCGACAGUGCGAAGUGGACUUUUGCCAUUACAAGAUGGCGCAGAGCAGGAGAUUCAUGCUGCAUUCAAGUCAGCCUCGCUAGGCAAGGUCACACCGCCAAAAUCGGGUUGA